AUGGCGCCUUCAAGAACAACCAGAACAGGCUCCACCUCCACAGCCCCUAGAAAGGCUUCCAGCAACCGUAGAUUGACAGACGACUGGACCGAGGUGACAGAGCCUGAAGAGAGGAGACGCAUUCAGAACCGUAUCGCUCAGCGCAAAUUCAGAGAAAAACAGCGUGAGCUACGUGACCAGAGGCACCGCCAGGAACUCAACCAGCAAUACGCCCACUGCGUCUAUCACAUUCCCGAGCCCGAAGAUCUUGCCUUCGAGGACACUGACCUUGCCGGUCUGCCAUGGGGUGGUCUCAGCAUCCGCCAUGUCGUAGCCCGCGGCCACGCUGAGGCCAGCACAGGAACGCUCAGCCAUCACAGCGGGCACAGCGACACUCUCAGUGUGACGGCCGGUUUGCCCGGCAGCGGGAUGAUGACGCCAGCGCCGGCGUCUUCGCCAAUGCCACCGCAGACGCCGAGUUUCUUCGAUACAGCCGCCGAUCAGCAACAACGAAUGCUCUAUGGACUGGACUCGUAUGGCGCGUAUAGCCCGGCUCAUCACCAUGCCGCCACGACAGCGGCUAUGAACAUGAUGUUUGAUUCGCAGAGAGAUGCACGAGGUGGUCUUGGUGGAGAUGUCAGAGGGGGAUACUAUGAUUCGCCAUAUACCGGCCCCGUAUACGGGGAGCACGACUUUGAUGGGGCUAGGGCAGACGGGACGCAGUAUAUGUGA